AUACUGUUGUAGAGUUAAUAUUCAGGUUAAAUUUCAGGUGGCAGUGUGUGUCAUCAUGUUGACAGACAUUUAGUAUGAAGGUUAACUGAACCUAAAGCAAUAUGUUGAAGCUGAACGCAGUAUAUCAAUCAAUGCACACCCUCGCAGUAUUGUAUUCAGUUGUCAUUGAUUAAAUAUUUGAAAUCUGAUGUUAAAUUAGCGCAGAGCGCCUUGAAAAUGACUCACAAUGAGAAACGAGCACAUUGGAUUAAAGAGGCGCUUCUUUCAACUGGCGCCGGAGUGCUCUACGGGUUGACGAGUGUUGCGGUCGGCCACCCACUGGACACGAUAAAGACCAAAAUGCAGGCACAGAAAGGCUUCGAGAAGAUUUCAAUGUCCAAGUCGUUCAUGGAAGUGUUGAGGACGCAGGGGGUGAGAGGAUUGUACAGAGGUUGCAUUCCGCCACUGAUGGGAUCAGGAAUAUACAGGUCUCUCCAAUUUAGCUCGUUUGAAACAGUCUACACUUAUUGCGAGGGCACAUGGGCAGCUAAGCCGAUGCCUUUUUUACCCCAUUCGUCCAACGGAGGUCUGCAAUCUAGAGUUUUGAUUGGUGGUUUGGCAGCAUCUCUUGUCAGAGCAACUAUAGAAACGCCAUUAGAAUAUGUGAAAGUGCGCCGUCAAACGGGACAGUCUUGGAAAACGAUGGAAGCGUUCAAUGGAUACAAAAUCACGUGGCUUCGCACAACGGGACUGAUGACAACGUAUUUUGUCAUCGUGGACUACAUCAGACGAAACCACAAGGAGUUUUUUAGCCGGCCUCUUCUGGGAUCUUUUUUGGUGUCCGGAUGUGCGGCCACUUUUGCAUGGUGGGUCGUGUGGCCCUUGGAAUUGAUGAAGUCUCAGGUUCAAGGAAAUUAUGGUCAUGCAAAAUUGACCCUCCGUCAGAGAUUUUCAAUUGUGCUCAAAGAGCGAGGUGGGGUUCGUGGACUGUACAGAGGCAUAACACCUGGCACUUACAGAUCACUCCUGUCGAACGGGACCAGCUUUGUUGUAAUGGGCUAUGCACAGAGAAAAAUAACACAACUUGGACUUAGAGACUGAUCUAUUUGUUAAUUUUUCUGGGAAGUCUACUUAAUGAGCCAAUUGUCAAUAGCGAUCUAAAAUGAUUCAAAAGCGAUUAAAAAUGUAAUUUCUGUUUUUUUUUUGCUUUCUCCAAACUUUGAGCUGAUAAAUCUAUUUGUGUAGAUAUUUAUAUCGCGCAGGCACAAUUAAUUAUUUGAAAUCACGAACAGUUUGAAUUCAUUUUUUACGUCGG